CCAAUUCAAGAGCCCUACCCUGCUGCACGCCUAACUAUUCUCCACAGCCCGGAGUAUUAGCCACGCAGACACGAAAAGAGAGGAAAGAAAAAGAAAGAGAGAGAGAGAGAGAGAGAGGGAAGGAGGGAGGGAGACAGUUAAAAUAAUCUAAAAAGAAACUUUUGAGCGAGAAAGUAGAAAGCAAGAGAAACGUAUUAAUAAUUUUACGCAUUGUUUUGCGUGGCAAGGCUCGACACCAAAAGGAGCAGAGAGGGGCGAAAGAUGCGCAUGCAGAUGUGCUGAAACUUUUGUCUGUAAGGAAUUCUUAUCGACGUGUGCAUUAAUUACAGUCACUGGAGCCCAGUUCCUCUGAAACAGAUAGAAUAUAAAGGAGGAGGAGGGAAGGACUCAGAGAAGUGGAGCCCCUGGCAGUGUUUGAGCAACUGGGAGUGCAAGUACGUGAUCCGAGGCUGAUACAUACCUCAUUGAGACAAGAGACAAGAAAACGAAAGUUUGAGGAUGGCUGAGGAAGAGGAAACGAGAGAGGUCCUCUUCCCACAAUGGAUGGGCGCAGACAAACAUGGCCUCACCAUUGAACAGUCUGGCGAGGGUGAAAUCUUUGUCACGGAGGUGAAAACUGAGUCCACUGCUGCACGCACUGGGAGAGUGCAUGAAGGUGACCAGAUUGUGGGCGCCACAAUCUACUUUGAAAAUAUGAGCUCAGAUGAAACAGCAGAUCUUCUUAAGACACUCAAUCGCCACAAGGUUGGACUGAAACUACAGAACCGAGGGGACAAAUCACCUUGCCGCUCCCCUGUAGGAACCCUUACUUGGGAAAGUAGGAGCCGAUUUGGGAGCUCCAGUCCUGAAAUUAUACUGAGUGGAGAUGAUGAAGACUACAGGAGAAUCUACACCAAGAAGAUCAAGCCCAGGCUGAAGUCUGAGGACCUCGCAGAGGGAGUGGAUGUGCGCACAGAACGUCACAGCAGCACUAGCACUGAUGGAAGCACCAUCACCACCAUCACCCGUCGUAUAACCACCUAUACUGUGGAUGUGCCAGGGGACUCCAGCCAGCAAAUUGACCUCUCCAGCCCAGAGUUCAAGAUUAAGGUCCCACGCCAUGAGCUUUCGGGGGAAACAGAUGCUGGUUCUACUCAGAUCAGGGGGCCACAUAUUAUCUUUGGAGGCACAAGUGGAACUGGGGAGGGUGCCUUUGCAUCAGAGGACAACACAUUUGUAGGUCCUCAAGUCUCUGGUUCCUCUGAGAAGCACUGGAGUAUGAAGACCACCACUGUUGGCAGAGAGGUAGAGGGAGAUGGCAAAGAGCUCAGAUUCAAAGUUCCUGGCGUUGGCAUGUCAAGUGGCAAGUUACAGGGGGAGUUCAGUGUCUCUGGAGGGACCCACCAAGAUGAGAGCAGUAUUCGGGUCCCAGGUACCAAUGUGACAGUCACAGAGACUGUCCGACUCAGUGGAAGUAGGACCACAGCUGGUGACAUGGAAAUUACUUCCCCUGAAUUAAAAAAGGGGUCAGUAAGUGUUUCUUUAUCUGGACGAUCCAAAGACCUACCAUCUAUUGACAUUAGUAAAGUCAACACUAGAGUAUCUGGCAUGAGCAUCAGCAGCAGUUCAGGGGUUAUAAGUGGCAAAGGUUCUGGUGUGGACUUCAAAGACCAUACUGGUGAUGUAAGAGCAUCAAAGGUUUCUGUGGAGCAUGACAUGAAAGGAGCAUCAUCUGGGAGUUUCAGUAUCUCUGGACCUGAGGGACCUGUUCAAACACGCAAGAUAUCAGACAUGGACAUUAAAUUAAAAGGACCCAGCUUCAAAGGAGGACUUUCAUCUACCACUAUAUCGACAGAAAUGACAGCUCCCAAUGUGGACAUCAAUGCUGCAGGUUUUUCCGAAGGUGCAGGAAAAUUUAAGAGUGACAUUUCCACAACAAAAUUUAACAUCGAGGCACCAAAAAUAAAGGGAGAUACUAAUGCAUCUAUAAAAGGACUGAAAAUUGAAACAAAAGAUAUCUCAUUAUCCAGUUCUGCCUCCAGAGGACAAAACAUUGAAGGUCCUAAUGUUAACAUCAAUAUCAAAAAACCAUCAGCAGCAGUUGCUUCUCCAGGGGCAGAUCUGAAUGUUAGUGGUUUUGAAAGUGAACUCAAAGGAAUGAAAGGUGGAAUCAAAAUGCCUUCUAUUAGCCUUAAAGGAGAAAGCACUGACAUUAAAAUGAGGGGCCCAGACAUGGGAGACAUCAGCAUCCCGAAGGUAGACAUUAGCAUUCCAGACAUCACAGAUCCAAAGGCUGACAUCAAGGUACCUAAACUAAAAGGACACAUCUCAUCAACAUCUAAAACAGAAAAUGUAAUCGAAGAUAUUACAAUUGCAGGACCAGAUAUUAACAUCAAAGCACCAGAAGGACAAGUAAAGAUCCCUGGCAUCAAAGUUAAAGGGCCCAGUAUUAAAGGACCGAAAAUAGCUGUGACAAAAUCUGAUACUGGAAAAAAGGACUUAAAGAUUGAAGGAGAUUUUAAAGCCGGAACGGCAGACAUCAAACCACGGGACAGAGAAGCCAAAGACAUAAGCAUAGAAAACCCUGAUCUCAAGCUCACCACAAUUAAAAUACCUUCAUUUGGAGUAAAAGGACAAGGAACAGAUGGCUGUGAAGUAGACAUGAAUAUCAAAGGGCCAAGAGUGAAAGAUGUGGAUGUGUCAGUACCAAAGAUUAAAGGUGAAAUCAAAGUUCCAAAAGGUGAUACUGAAGGUCCAGAUAUUGACCUUGAAGGCACUGCAGGUGGAUUCAAGAUGCCCAAAAUCAAAAUUCCAUCAUUUGGAUUGAAAGGUCCAAAAAUUGAGGGUCCUGAUAUUGAUGUUGAUCUGCCCAAGGCUGAAAUUGAUGUCAAAGGCCCAAAGGUUGAUGUUGAAGGACCGGAACUUGACGUUGAAGGACCUGAUGGCAAGAUCAAGGGACCAAAAUUCAAAAUGCCACCCAUGUCUGGACCCAAAAUCUCAAGGCCCGAUGUGGAUUUCAACCUUAAAGGACCUAAACUGAAAGGAGACAUUGAUGUGUCAGUGCCGAAGAUUGAAGGUGAAAUCAAAGCUCCAAAAGUUGAUAUUGAGGGUCCAGAUUUCAACAUUGAAAAUACUAGUGGUGGAUUCAAGAUGCCCAAAAUCAAAAUUCCAUCAUUUGGAUUGAAAGGUCCCAAAAUUGAGGGUCCUGAUAUUGAUGUUGAUCUGCCCAAAGCUGAAAUUGAUGUCAAAGGCCCAAAGAUUGAUGUUAAAGGACCAGAACUUGACAUUGAAGGACCUGAUAGCAAAAUCAAGGGACAGAAAUUCAAAAAGCCACAAAUAUCUGGACCUAAAAUCUCAGUGCCCGACAUGGAUUUCAAUCUUAAAGGACCAAAACUGAAAGGAGAUGUGGAUGUGUCAGUACCAAAAAUUGAAGGUGAAAUCAAAGGUCCAAAAGUUGAUAUUGAGGGUCCAGAUGUCAACAGUGAAGGUAUUAGCGGUGGAUUCAAGAUGCCCAAAAUCAAAAUUCCAUCGUUUGGAUUGAAAGGUCACAAAAUUGAGGGUCCUGAUGUUGAUGUUAAUCUGCCCAAAGCUGAAAUUGAUGUCAAAGGCUCAAAGUUUGCUGUUGAAAGACCAGAUCUUGACAUUGAAGGACCUGAUGGCAAGAUCAAGGGACCAAAAUUCAAAAUUCCAGACAUGUCUGGACCCAAAAUAUCAGUGCCUGAUAUGGAUUUCAAUCUUAAAGGACCUAAACUGAAAGGAGAUGUCGAUGUGUCAGUGCCAAAGAUUGAAGGUAAAAUCAAAGUUCCAAAAGGUGAUAUUGAAGGUCCAGUUAUUGACAUUGAAGGCACUGGUGGUGGAUUCAAAAUGCCCAAAAUUGGACUGAAAGGUCCCAAAAUUGAGGGUCCUGAUAUUGAUGUUGAUCUGCCCAAAGCUGAAAUUGAUGUCAAAGGCCCUAAACUUGAUAUUGAAGGACCGGAACUUGACAUUGAAGGACCUGAUGGCAAGAUCAAGGGACCAAAAUUCAAAAUGCCAUCCAUGUCUGGACCCAAAAUCUCAAGGCCUGAUGUGGAUUUCAACCUUAAAGGACCUAAACUGAAAGGAGACGUUGAUGUGUCAGUGCCGAAGAUUGAAGGUGAAAUCAAAGUUCCAAAAGGUGAUAUUGAAGGUCCAGAUAUUGAACUUGAAGGCACUGCAGGUGGAUUCAAGAUGCCCAAAAUCAAAAUGCCAUCAUUUGGAAUGAAAGGUCCCAAAAUUGAGGGUCCUGAUGUUGACGUUAAUCUGCCCAAAGCUGAAAUUGAUGUCAAAGGCCCUAAACUUGAUAUUGAAGGACCGGAACUUGACAUUGAAGGACCUGAUGGCAAGAUCAAGGGACCAAAAUUCAAAAUGCCAUCCAUGUCUGGACCCAAAAUCUCAAGGCCUGAUGUGGAUUUCAACCUUAAAGGACCUAAACUGAAAGGAGACGUUGAUGUGUCAGUGCCGAAGAUUGAAGGUGAAAUCAAAGUUCCAAAAGGUGAUAUUGAAGGUCCAGAUAUUGACCUUGAAGGCACUGCAGGUGGAUUCAAGAUGCCCAAAAUCAAAAUGCCAUCAUUUGGAAUGAAAGGUCCCAAAAUUGAGGGUCCUGAUGUUGACGUUAAUCUGCCCAAAGCUGAAAUUGAUGUCAAAGGCCCAAAACUUGAUAUUGAAGGACCGGAACUUGACAUUGAAGGACCUGAUGGCAAGAUCAAGGGACCAAAAUUAAAAAUGCCAUCCAUGUCUGGACCCAAAAUCUCAAGGCCUGAUGUGGAUUUCAACCUUAAAGGACCUAAACUGAAAGGAGACGUUGAUGUGUCAGUGCCGAAGAUUGAAGGUGAAAUCAAAGUUCCAAAAGGUCAUAUUGAAGGUCCAGAUAUUGACCUAGAAGGCACUGCAGGUGGAUUCAAGAUGCCCAAAAUCAAAAUGCCAUCAUUUGGAAUGAAAGGUCCCAAAAUUGAGGGUCCUGAUGUUGACGUUAAUCUGCCCAAAGCUGAAAUUGAUGUCAAAGGCCCUAAACUUGAUAUUGAAGGACCGGAACUUGACAUUGAAGGACCUGAUGGCAAGAUCAAGGGACCAAAAUUCAAAAUGCCAUCCAUGUCUGGACCCAAAAUCUCAAGGCCUGAUGUGGAUUUCAACCUUAAAGGACCUAAACUGAAAGGAGACGUUGAUGUGUCAGUGCCGAAGAUUGAAGGUGAAAUCAAAGUUCCAAAAGGUGAUAUUGAAGGUCCAGAUAUUGACCUUGAAGGCACUGCAGGUGGAUUCAAGAUGCCCAAAAUCAAAAUGCCAUCAUUUGGAAUGAAAGGUCCCAAAAUUGAGGGUCCUGAUGUUGACGUUAAUCUGCCCAAAGCUGAAAUUGAUGUCAAAGGCCCUAAACUUGAUAUUGAAGGACCGGAACUUGACAUUGAAGGACCUGAUGGCAAGAUCAAGGGACCAAAAUUCAAAAUGCCAUCCAUGUCUGGACCCAAAAUCUCAAGGCCUGAUGUGGAUUUCAACCUUAAAGGACCUAAACUGAAAGGAGACGUUGAUGUGUCAGUGCCGAAGAUUGAAGGUGAAAUCAAAGUUCCAAAAGGUGAUAUUGAAGGUCCAGAUAUUGACCUUGAAGGCACUGCAGGUGGAUUCAAGAUGCCCAAAAUCAAAAUGCCAUCAUUUGGAAUGAAAGGUCCCAAAAUUGAGGGUCCUGAUGUUGACGUUAAUCUUCCCAAAGCUGAAAUUGAUCUCAAAGGCCCUAAACUUGAUAUUGAAGGACCGGAACUUGACAUUGAAGGACCUGAUGGCAAGAUCAAAGGACCAAAAUUCAAAAUGCCAGCCAUGUCUGGACCUAAAAUUUCAAUGCCUGAUGUGGAUUUCAAUCUUAAAGGACCUAAACUGAAAGGAGAUGUGGAUGUGUCAGUGCCAAAGAUUGAAGGUGAAAUCAAAGUUCCAAAAGGUCAUAUUGAAGGUCCAGAUAUUGACCUUGAAGGCACUGGAGGUGGAUUCAAGAUGCCCAAAAUCAAAAUGCCAUCAUUUGGAAUGAAAGGUCCCAAAAUUGAGGGUCCUGAUGUUGACGUUAAUCUGCCCAAAGCUGAAAUUGAUGUCAAAGGCCCAAAACUUGAUAUUGAAGGACCGGAACUUGACAUUGAAGGACCUGAUGGCAAGAUCAAAGGACCAAAAUUCAAAAUGCCAGCCAUAUCUGGACCCAAAAUCUCAAUGCCUGAUGUGGAUUUCAAUCUUAAAGGACCUAAACUAAAAGGAGAUGUGGAUGUGUCAGUGCCAAAGAUUGAAGGUGAAAUCAAAGUUCCAAAAGGUCAUAUUGAAGGUCCAGAUAUUGACCUUGAAGGCACUGCAGGUGGAUUCAAGAUGCCCAAAAUCAAAAUGCCAUCAUUUGGAAUGAAAGGUCCAAAAAUUGAGGGUCCUGAUGUUGACGUUAAUCUUCCCAAACCUGAAAUUGAUGUCAAAGGCCCAAAACUUGAUAUUGAAGUACCGGAACUUGACAUUGAAGGACCUGAUGGCAAGAUCAAAGGACCAAAAUUCAAAAUGCCUGCCAUAUCUGGACCCAAAAUCUCAAUGCCUGAUGUGGACUUCAAUCUUAAAGGACCUAAACUGAAAGGAGAUGUGGAUGUGUCUGUGCCAAAGAUUGAAGGUGAAAUCAAAGUUCCAAAAGGUCAUAUUGAAGGUCCAGAUAUUGACCUUGAAGGCACUGCAGGUGGAUUCAAGAUGCCCAAAAUCCACAUGCCAUCAUUUGGAAUGAAAGGUCCCAAAAUUGAGGGUCCUGAUGUUGACAUUAAUCUGCCCAAAGCUGAAAUUGAUGUCAAAGGCCCAAAACUUGAUAUUGAAGGACCGGAACUUGACAUUGAAGGACCUGAUGGCAAGAUCAAAGGACCAAAAUUCAAAAUGCCAGCCAUAUCUGGACCCAAAAUCUCAAUGCCUGAUGUGGAUUUCAAUCUUAAAGGACCUAAACUGAAAGGAGAUGUGGAUGUGUCAGUGCCAAAGAUUGAAGGUGAAAUCAAAGUUCCAAAAGGUCAUAUUGAAGGUCCAGAUAUUGACCUUGAAGGCACUGGAGGUGGAUUCAAGAUGCCCAAAAUCAAAAUGCCAUCAUUUGGAAUGAAAGGCCCCAAAAUUGAGGGUCCUGAUAUUGACGUUAAUCUGCCCAAAGCUGAAAUUGAUGUCAAAGGCCCAAAACUUGAUAUUGAAGGACCGGAACUUGACAUUGAAGGACCUGAUGGCAAGAUCAAAGGACCAAAAUUCAAAAUGCCAGCCAUAUCUGGACCCAAAAUCUCAAUGCCUGAUGUGGAUUUCAAUCUUAAAGGACCUAAACUGAAAGGAGAUGUGGAUGUGUCUGUGCCAAAGAUUGAAGGUGAAAUCAAAGUUCCAAAAGGUCAUAUUGAAGGUCCAGAUAUUGACCUUGAAGGCACUGGAGGUGGAUUCAAGAUGCCCAAAAUCAAAAUGCCAUCAUUUGGAAUGAAAGGUCCCAAGAUUGAGGGUCCUGAUGUUGACGUAAAUCUGCCCAAAGCUGAAAUUGAUGUCAAAGGCCCAAAACUUGAUAUUGAAGGACCGGAACUUGACAUUGAAGGGCCUGAUGGCAAGAUCAAAGGACCAAAAUUCAAAAUGCCAGCCAUAUCUGGACCCAAAAUCUCAAUGCCUGAUGUGGAUUUCAAUCUUAAAGGACCUAAACUGAAAGGAGAUGUGGAUGUGUCAGUGCCAAAGAUUGAAGGUGAAAUCAAAGUUCCAAAAGGUCAUAUUGAAGGUCCAGAUAUUGACCUUGAAGGCACUGCAGGUGGAUUCAAGAUGCCCAAAAUCCACAUGCCAUCAUUUGGAAUGAAAGGUCCCAAAAUUGAGGGUCCUGAUGUUGACAUUAAUCUGCCCAAAGCUGAAAUUGAUGUCAAAGGCCCUAAACUUAAUAUUGAAGGACCGGAACUUGACAUUGAAGGACCUGAUGGCAAGAUCAAAGGACCAAAAUUCAAAAUGCCAGCCAUAUCUGGACCCAAAAUCUCAAUGCCUGAUGUGGAUUUCAAUCUUAAAGGACCUAAACUGAAAGGAGAUGUGGAUGUGUCAGUGCCAAAGAUUGAAGGUGAAAUCAAAGUUCCAAAAGGUGAUAUUGAAGGUCCAGAUAUUGACCUUGAAGGCACUGGAGGUGGAUUCAAGAUGCCCAAAAUCAAAAUGCCAUCAUUUGGAUUGAAAGGUCCCAAAAUUGAGGGUCCUGAUGUUGAUGUUAAUCUUCCCAAACCUGAAAUUGAUGUCAAAGGCCCAAAGCUUGAUUUUGAAGGACCAGAACUUGACAUUAAAGGACCUCAUGGCAAAAUCAAGAGCCCAAAAUUCAAAAUGCCAGCCAUAUCUGGACCUAAAAUUUCAAUGCCUGAUGUGGAUUUCAAUCUUAAAGGACCGAACCUGAAAGGAGAUGUGGAUGUGUCAGUGCCAAAGAUUGAAGGUGAAAUCAAAGUUCCAAAAGGUGAUAUUGAAGGUCCAGAUAUUGACCUUGAAGGCACUGCAGGUGGAUUCAAGAUGCCCAAAAUCAAAAUGCCAUCAUUUGGAAUGAAAGGUCCCAAAAUUGAGGGUCCUGAUGUUGACGUUAAUCUUCCCAAAGCUGAAAUUGAUGUCAAAGGCCCAAAGCUUGAUUUUGAAGGACCAGAACUUGACAUUGAAGGACCUCAUGGCAAAAUCAAGAGCCCAAAAUUCAAAAUGCCAUCCAUAUCUGGACCUAAAAUUUCAAUGCCUGAUGUGGAUUUCAAUCUUAAAGGACCUAAACUGAAAGGAGAUGUGGAUGUUUCAGUGCCAAAGAUUGAAGGUGAAAUCAAAGUUCCAAAAGGUGAUAUUGAAGGUCCGGAUAUUGACCUUGAAGGCACUGGAGGUGGAUUCAAGAUGCCAAAAAUCAAAAUGCCAUCAUUUGGAUUGAAAGGUCCCAAAAUUGAGGGUCCUGAUGUUGAUGUUAAUCUUCCCAAACCUGAAAUUGAUGUGAAAGGUCCAAAGCUUGAUUUUGAAGGACCAGAUCUUGACAUUGAAGGACCUCAUGGCAAAAUCAAGAGCCCAAAAUUCAAAAUGCCAGCCAUAUCUGGACCUAAAAUUUCAAUGCCUGAUGUGGAUUUCAAUCUUAAAGGACCUAAACUGAAAGGAGAUGUGGAUGUGUCAGUGCCAAAGGUUGAAGGUGAAAUCAAAGUUCCAAAAGGUCAUAUUGAAGGUCCAGAUAUUGACCUUGAAGGCACUGGAGGUGGAUUCAAGAUGCCCAAAAUCCACAUGCCAUCAUUUGGAAUGAAAGGUCCCAAAAUUGAGGGUCCUGAUGUUGACGUUAAUCUUCCCAAACCUGAAAUUGAUGUCAAAGGCCCAAAGCUUGAUUUUGAAGGACCAGAACUUGACAUUGAAGGACCUCAUGGCAAAAUCAAGAGCCCAAAAUUCAAAAUGCCAUCCAUAUCUGGACCUAAAAUUUCAAUGCCUGAUGUGGAUUUCAAUCUUAAAGGACCUAAACUGAAAGGAGAUGUGGAUGUUUCAGUGCCAAAGAUUGAAGGUGAAAUCAAAGUUCCAAAAGGUGAUAUUGAAGGUCCGGAUAUUGACCUUGAAGGCACUGGAGGUGGAUUCAAGAUGCCAAAAAUCAAAAUGCCAUCAUUUGGAUUGAAAGGUCCCAAAAUUGAGGGUCCUGAUGUUGAUGUUAAUCUUCCCAAACCUGAAAUUGAUGUGAAAGGUCCAAAGCUUGAUUUUGAAGGACCAGAUCUUGACAUUGAAGGACCUCAUGGCAAAAUCAAGAGCCCAAAAUUCAAAAUGCCAGCCAUAUCUGGACCUAAAAUUUCAAUGCCUGAUGUGGAUUUCAAUCUUAAAGGACCUAAACUGAAAGGAGAUGUGGAUGUGUCAGUGCCAAAGGUUGAAGGUGAAAUCAAAGUUCCAAAAGGUCAUAUUGAAGGUCCAGAUAUUGACCUUGAAGGCACUGGAGGUGGAUUCAAGAUGCCCAAAAUCCACAUGCCAUCAUUUGGAAUGAAAGGUCCCAAAAUUGAGGGUCCUGAUGUUGACAUUAAUCUGCCCAAAGCUGAAAUUGAUGUCAAAGGCCCAAAACUUGAUAUUGAAGGACCGGAACUUGACAUUGAAGGACCUGAUGGCAAGAUCAAAGGACCAAAAUUCAAAAUGCCUUCCAUAUCUGGACCCAAAAUCUCAAUGCCUGAUGUGGAUUUCAAUCUUAAAGGACCUAAACUGAAAGGAGAUGUGGAUGUGUCAGUGCCAAAGAUUGAAGGUGAAAUCAAAGUUCCAAAAGGUCAUAUUGAAGGUCCAGAUAUUGACCUUGAAGGCACUGCAGGUGGAUUCCAGAUGCCCAAAAUCAAAAUGCCAUCAUUUGGAAUGAAAGGUCCCAAAAUUGCGGGUCCUGAUGUUGAUGUUAAUCUUCCCAAACCUGAAAUUGAUGUCAAAGGCCCAAAGCUUGAUUUUGAAGGACCAGAACUUGACAUUGAAGGACCAGAUGGUAAAAUCAAGAGCCCAAAAUUCAAAAUGCCAGCCAUUUCUGGACCAAAAAUUUCAAUGCCUGAUGUGGAUUUCAAUCUUAAAGGACCUAAACUGAAAGGAGAUGUGGAUGUGUCAGUGCCAAAGAUUGAAGGUGAAAUCAAAGUUCCAAAAGGUGAUAUUGAAGGUCCAGAUGUUGACCUUGAAGGCACUGGAGGUGGAUUCAAGAUGCCUAAAAUCAAAAUGCCAUCAUUUGGCUUGAAAGGUCCCACAAUUGAGGGUCCUGAUGUUGAUGUUAAUCUUCCCAAACCUGAAAUUGAUGUCAAAGGCCCAAAGCUUGAUUUUGAAGGACCAGAACUUGACAUUGAAGGACCUCAUGGAAAAAUCAAAGGACCAAAAUUCAAAAUGCCAGCCAUGUCUGGACCAAAAAUCUCAAUGCCUGAUGUGGAUUUCAAUCUUAAAGGACCUAAACUGAAAGGAGACGUGGAUGUGUCCGUGCCAAAGAUUGAAGGUGAAAUCAAAGCUCCAAAGGUUGAAAUUAGUGGUGCAGAUGGUAAUGUUGAUGUUCCAGAAGGUGGAUUCAAGAUGCCUAAGUUCAGAAUGCCUAAAUUUGGAUUUAAAGGUCAUAAAGUGGAGGGCCCCGAUAUUGACCUUAAUCUCCCUAAAGCUGACAUUAAUGUGAAAGGGCCAAAGGUUGAUAUUCAUAGUCCUGAUAUUGAUAUUGAAGUACCUGAAGGUAAAGUGAAAGGAACAAAGUUCAGGUUGCCAUCUUUAUCAAGUCCAAAGAUCACCAUGCCUGAUGUUGAUCUCAACCUGAAAGGGCCAAAAAUCAAGGGUGAUGUGGAUGUGUCAGGACCAAAGUUUGAAGGUGAUUUCAAAGGACCAAAAGUUGACAUUCAUGGGUCUGAUGUAGAUGUGAAGAGUCCUGAAGGAGGAUUUAAAAUGCCAAAAUUCAGGAUGCCCAAAUUUGGAUUUAAAGGUCAUAAGGUUGAGGGUCCGGACAUUGAUGUGAACCUUCCAAAAGCUGAAAUUGAUAUCAAAACACCCAAAGGUAAUAUUGAAGGAUCAGAUGUAAACAUUGAAGGUCCUGAAGGUGGAUUCAAGAUGCCUAAAAUGAAAAUGCCAUCGUUUGGACUGAAAGGUCCCAAAAUUGAAGGUCCUGAUGUUGAUGUCAGUCUGCCCAAAGCUGAAAUUGAUGUCAAAGGCCCAAAACUUGAUUUUGAAGGACCAGAACUUGACAUUGAAGGACCUCAUGGCAAAAUCAAGAGCCCAAAAUUCAAAAUGCCAAACAUAUCUGGACCCAAAAUCUCAAUGCCUGAUGUGGAUUUCAAUCUUAAAGGACCUAAACUGAAAGGAGAUGUGGAUGUGUCAGUGCCAAAGAUCGAAGGUGAAAUCAAAGUUCCAAAAGGUCAUAUUGAAGGUCCAGAUAUUGACCUUGAAGGCACUGCAGGUGGAUUCCAGAUGCCCAAAAUCAAAAUGCCAUCAUUUGGAAUGAAAGGUCCCAAAAUUGAGGGUCCUGAUGUUGACGUUAAUCUGCCCAAAGCUGAAAUUGAUGUCAAAGGCCCAAAACUUGAUAUUGAAGGACCGGAACUUGACAUUGAAGGACCUGAUGGCAAGAUCAAAGGACCAAAAUUCAAAAUGCCAGCCAUAUCUGGACCCAAAAUCUCAAUGCCUGAUGUGGAUUUUAACCUUAAAGGACCUAAACUGAAAGGAGAUGUGGAUUUGUCUGUGCCAAAGAUUGAAGGUGAAAUCAAAGUUCCAAAAGGUGAUAUUGAAGGUCCAGAUUUUGACCUUGAAGGCACUGCAGGUGGAUUCAAGAUGCCCAAAAUCAAAAUGCCAUCAUUUGGAAUGAAAGGUCCCAAAUUUGAGGGUCCUGAUGUUGACGUUAAUCUGCCCAAAGCUGAAAUUGAUGUCAAAGGCCCAAAACUUGAUAUUGAAGGACCGGAACUUGACAUUGAAGGACCUGAUGGCAAGAUCAAAGGACCAAAAUUCAAAAUGCCAGCCAUAUCUGGACCCAAAAUCUCAAUGCCUGAUGUGGAUUUUAAUCUUAAAGGACCUAAACUGAAAGGAGAUGUGGAUUUGUCUGUGCCAAAGAUUGAAGGUGAAAUCAAAGUUCCAAAAGGUGAUAUUGAAGGUCCAGAUUUUGACCUUGAAGGCACUGCAGGUGGAUUCAAGAUGCCCAAAAUCAAAAUGCCAUCAUUUGGAAUGAAAGGUCCCAAAAUUGAGGGUCCUGAUGUUGACGUUAAUCUGCCCAAAGCUGAAAUUGAUGUCAAAGGCCCACAACUUGAUAUUGAAGGACCGGAAUUUGACAUUGAAGGACCUGAUGGCAAGAUCAAAGGACCAAAAUUCAAAAUGCCAACCAUAUCUGGACCCAAAAUCUCAAUGCCUGAUGUGGAUUUCAAUCUUAAAGGACCUAAACUGAAAGGAGAUGUGGAUGUGUCAGUGCCAAAGAUUGAAGGUGAAAUCAAAGUUCCAAAAGGUCAUAUUGAAGGUCCAGAUAUUGACCUUGAAGGCACUGGAGGUGGAUUCAAGAUGCCCAAAAUGAAAAUGCCAUCAUUUGGAUUAAAAGGUCCCAAAAUUGAGGGUCCUGAUGUUGAUGUUAAUCUUCCCAAACCUGAAAUUGAUGUCAAAGGCCCAAAGCUUGAUUUUGAAGGACCAGACCUUGACAUUGAAGGACCUCAUGGCAAAAUCAAGAGCCCAAAAUUCAAAAUGCCAACCAUAUCUGGACCUAAAAUUUCAAUGCCUGAUGUGGAUUUCAAUCUUAAAGGACCUAAACUGAAAGGAGAUGUGGAUGUGUCAGUGCCAAAGAUUGAAGGUGAAAUCAAAGUUCCAAAAGGUGAUAUUGAAGGUCCAGAUAUUGACCUUGAAGGCACUGGAGGUGGAUUCAAGAUGCCCAAAAUGAAAAUGCCAUCAUUUGGAAUGAAAGGUCCCAAAAUUGAGGGUCCUGAUGUUGAUGUUAAUCUUCCCAAACCUGAAAUUGAUGUCAAAGGCCCAAAGCUUGAUUUUGAAGGACCAGAACUUGACAUUGAAGGACCUCAUGGCAAAAUCAAGAGCCCAAAAUUCAAAAUGCCAACCAUAUCUGGACCUAAAAUUUCAAUGCCUGAUGUGGAUUUCAAUCUUAAAGGACCUAAACUGAAAGGAGAUGUGGAUGUGUCAGUGCCAAAGAUUGAAGGUGAAAUCAAAGUUCCAAAAGGUGAUAUUGAAGGUCCAGAUAUUGACCUUGAUGGCACUGGAGGUGGAUUCAAGAUGCCCAAAAUCAAAAUGCCAUCAUUUGGAAUGAAAGGUCCCAAAAUUGAGGGUCCUGAUGUUGAUGUUAAUCUUCCCAAACCUGAAAUUGAUGUCAAAGGCCCGAAGCUUGAUUUUGAAGGACCAGAACUUGACAUUGAAGGACCUCAUGGCAAAAUCAAGAGCCCAAAAUUCAAAAUGCCAUCCAUGUCUGGACCUAAAAUUUCAAUGCCUGAUGUGGAUUUCAAUCUUAAAGGACCUAAACUGAAAGGAGAUGUGGAUGUGUCAGUGCCAAAGAUUGAAGGUGAAAUCAAAGUUCCAAAAGGUCAUAUUGAAGGUCCAGAUAUUGACCUUGAAGGCACUGGAGGUGGAUUCAAGAUGCCCAAAAUCAAAAUGCCAUCAUUUGGAAUGAAAGGUCCCAAAAUUGAGGGUCCUGAUGUUGAUGUUAAUCUUCCCAAACCUGAAAUUGAUGUCAAAGGCCCGAAGCUUGAUUUUGAAGGACCAGAACUUGACAUUGAAGGACCUCAUGGCAAAAUCAAGAGCCCAAAAUUCAAAAUGCCAUCCAUGUCUGGACCUAAAAUUUCAAUGCCUGAUGUGGAUUUCAAUCUUAAAGGACCUAAACUGAAAGGAGAUGUGGAUGUGUCAGUGCCAAAGAUUGAAGGUGAAAUCAAAGUUCCAAAAGGUCAUAUUGAAGGUCCAGAUAUUGACCUUGAAGGCACUGCAGGUGGAUUCAAGAUGCCCAAAAUCAAAAUGCCAUCAUUUGGAAUGAAAGGUCCCAAAAUUGAGGGUCCUGAUGUUGACGUUAAUCUGCCAAAAGCUGAAAUUGAUGUCAAAGGCCCAAAACUUGAUAUUGAAGGACCGGAACUUGACAUUGAAGGACCUGAUGGCAAGAUCAAAGGACCAAAAUUCAAAAUGCCAGCCAUAUCUGGACCCAAAAUCUCAAUGCCUGAUGUGGAUUUCAAUCUUAAAGGACCUAAACUGAAAGGAGAUGUGGAUGUGUCAGUGCCAAAGAUUGAAGGUGAAAUCAAAGUUCCAAAAGGUCAUAUUGAAGGUCCAGAUAUUGACCUUGAAGGCACUGGAGGUGGAUUCAAGAUGCCCAAAAUCCACAUGCCAUCAUUUGGAAUGAAAGGUCCCAAAAUUGAGGGUCCUGAUGUUGACGUUAAUCUUCCCAAACCUGAAAUUGAUGUCAAAGGCCCAAAGCUUGAUAUUGAAGGACCAGAACUUGACAUUGAAGGACCUCAUGGCAAAAUCAAGAGCCCAAAAUUCAAAAUGCCAACCAUAUCUGGACCUAAAAUUUCAAUGCCUGAUGUGGAUUUCAAUCUUAAAGGACCUAAACUGAAAGGAGAUGUGGAUGUGUCAGUGCCAAAGAUUGAAGGUGAAAUCAAAGUUCCAAAAGGUGAUAUUGAAGGUCCAGAUAUUGACCUUGAAGGCACUGGAGGUGGAUUCAAGAUGCCCAAAAUCAAAAUGCCAUCAUUUGGAAUGAAAGGUCCCAAAAUUGAGGGUCCUGAUGUUGAUGUUAAUCUUCCCAAACCUGAAAUUGAUGUCAAAGGCCCAAAGCUUGAUUUUGAAGGACCAGAACUUGACAUUGAAGGACCUCAUGGCAAAAUCAAGAGCCCAAAAUUCAAAAUGCCAUCCAUGUCUGGACCUAAAAUCUCAAUGCCUGAUGUGGAUUUCAAUCUUAAAGGACCUAAACUGAAAGGAGAUGUGGAUGUGUCAGUGCCAAAGAUUGAAGGUGAAAUCAAAGUUCCAAAAGGUGAUAUUGAAGGUCCAGAUAUUGACCUUGAAGGCACUGGAGGUGGAUUCAAGAUGCCCAAAAUCAAAAUGCCAUCAUUUGGAAUGAAAGGUCCCAAAAUUGAGGGUCCUGAUGUUGAUGUUAAUCUGCCCAAAGCUGAAAUUGAUGUCAAAGGCCCAAAACUUGAUUUUGAAGGACCGGAACUUGACAUUGAAGGACCUCAUGGCAAAAUCAAGAGCCCAAAAUUCAAAAUGCCAGCCAUAUCUGGACCUAAAAUUUCAAUGCCUGAUGUGGAUUUCAAUCUUAAAGGACCUAAACUGAAAGGAGAUGUGGAUGUGUCAGUGCCUAAGAUUGAAGGUGAAAUCAAAGUUCCAAAAGGUGAUAUUGAAGGUCCAGAUAUUGACCUUGAAGGCACUGCAGGUGGAUUCAAGAUGCCCAAAAUCAAAAUGCCAUCAUUUGGAAUGAAAGGUCCCAAAAUUGAGGGUCCUGAUGUUGACGUUAAUCUGCCCAAAGCUGAAAUUGAUGUCAAAGGCCCAAAACUUGAUUUUGAAGGACCGGAACUUGACAUUGAAGGACCUGAUGGCAAGAUAAAAGGACCAAAAUUCAAAAUGCCAGCCAUAUCUGGACCCAAAAUCUCAAUGCCUGAUGUGGAUUUCAAUCUUAAAGGACCUAAACUGAAAGGAGAUGUGGAUGUGUCAGUGCCAAAAAUUGAAGGUGAAAUCAAAGUUCCAAAAGGUCAUAUUGAAGGUCCAGAUAUUGACCUUGAAGGCACUGGAGGUGGAUUCAAGAUGCCCAAAAUGAAAAUGCCAUCAUUUGGAUUGAAAGGUCCCAAAAUUGAGGGUCCUGAUAUUGAUGUUAAUCUUCCCAAACCUGAAAUUGAUGUCAAAGGCCCAAAGCUUGAUUUUGAAGGACCAGAACUUGACAUUGAAGGACCUCAUGGCAAAAUCAAGAGCCCAAAAUUCAAAAUGCCAACCAUAUCUGGACCUAAAAUUUCAAUGCCUGAUGUGGAUUUCAAUCUUAAAGGACCUAAACUGAAAGGAGAUGUGGAUUUGUCAGUGCCAAGGAUUGAAGGUGAAAUCAAAGUUCCAAAAGGUGAUAUUGAAGGUCCAGAUGUUGACCUUGAAGGCACUGGAGGUGGAUUCAAGAUGCCCAAAAUCAAAAUGCCAUCAUUUGGAUUCAAAGGUCCCAAAAUUGAGGGUCCUGAUGUUGAUGUUAAUCUUCCCAAACCUGAAAUUGAUGUCAAAGGCCCAAAGCUUGAUUUUGAAGGACCAGAACUUGACAUUGAAGGACCUCAUGGCAAAAUCAAGAGCCCAAAAUUCAAAAUGCCAUCCAUAUCUGGACCUAAAAUGUCAAUGCCUGAUGUGGAUUUCAAUCUUAAAGGACCUAAACUGAAAGGAGAUGUGGAUGUUUCAGUGCCAAAGAUUGAAGGUGAAAUCAAAGUUCCAAAAGGUGAUAUUGAAGGUCCGGAUAUUGACCUUGAAGGCACUGGAGGUGGAUUCAAGAUGCCCAAAAUCAAAAUGCCAUCAUUUGGAUUGAAAGGUCCCAAAAUUGAGGGUCCUGAUGUUGAUGUUAAUCUUCCCAAACCUGAAAUUGAUGUCAAAGGCCCAAAGCUUGAUUUUGAAGGACCAGAUCUUGAUAUUGAAGGACCUCAUGGCAAAAUCAAGAGCCCAAAAUUCAAAAUGCCAGCCAUAUCAGGACCCAAAAUCUCAAUGCCUGAUGUGGAUUUCAAUCUUAAAGGACCUAAACUGAAAGGAGAUGUGGAUGUGUCAGUGCCAAAGAUUGAAGGUGAAAUCAAAGUUCCAAAAGGUCAUAUUGAAGGUCCAGAUAUUGACCUUGAAGGCACUGGAGGUGGAUUCAAGAUGCCCAAAAUCAAAAUGCCAUCAUUUGGAAUGAAAGGUCCCAAAAUUGAGGGUCCUGAUGUUGACGUUAAUCUGCCCAAAGCUGAAAUUGAUGUCAAAGGCCCAAAACUUGAUAUUGAAGGACCGGAACUUGACAUUGAAGGACCUGAUGGCAAGAUCAAAGGACCAAAAUUCAAAAUGCCAGCCAUAUCUGGACCCAAAAUCUCAAUGCCUGAUGUGGAUUUCAAUCUUAAAGGACCUAAACUGAAAGGAGAUGUGGAUGUGUCAGUGCCAAAGAUUGAAGGUGAAAUCAAAGUUCCAAAAGGUCAUAUUGAAGGUCCAGAUAUUGACCUUGAAGGCACUGCAGGUGGAUUCAAGAUGCCCAAAAUCAAAAUGCCAUCAUUUGGAAUGAAAGGUCCCAAAAUUGAGGGUCCUGAUGUUGACGUUAAUCUGCCAAAAGCUGAAAUUGAUGUCAAAGGCCCAAAACUUGAUAUUGAAGGACCGGAACUUGACAUUGAAGGACCUGAUGGCAAGAUCAAAGGACCAAAAUUCAAAAUGCCAGCCAUAUCUGGACCCAAAAUCUCAAUGCCUGAUGUGGAUUUCAAUCUUAAAGGACCUAAACUGAAAGGAGAUGUGGAUGUGUCAGUGCCAAAGAUUGAAGGUGAAAUCAAAGUUCCAAAAGGUCAUAUUGAAGGUCCAGAUAUUGACCUUGAAGGCACUGGAGGUGGAUUCAAGAUGCCCAAAAUCCACAUGCCAUCAUUUGGAAUGAAAGGUCCCAAAAUUGAGGGUCCUGAUGUUGACGUUAAUCUUCCCAAACCUGAAAUUGAUGUCAAAGGCCCAAAGCUUGAUAUUGAAGGACCAGAACUUGACAUUGAAGGACCUGAUGGCAAGAUCAAAGGACCAAAAUUCAAAAUGCCAGCCAUAUCUGGACCCAAAAUCUCAAUGCCUGAUGUGGAUUUCAAUCUUAAAGGACCUAAACUGAAAGGAGAUGUCGAUGUAUCAGUGCCAAAGAUUAAAGGUGAAAUCAAAGUUCCAAAAGGUGAUAUUGAAGGUCCAGAUAUUGACCUUGAAGGCACUGGAGGUGGAUUCAAGAUGCCCAAAAUGAAAAUGCCAUCAUUUGGAUUGAAAGGUCCCAAAAUUGAGGGUCCUGAUGUUGAUGUUAAUCUUCCCAAACCUGAAAUUGAUGUCAAAGGCCCAAAGCUUGAUUUUGAAGGACCAGAACUUGACAUUGAAGGACCUCAUGGCAAGAUCAAAGGACCAAAAUUCAAAAUUCCAGCCAUGUCUGGACCCAACAUCUCAAUGCCUGAUUUGGAUUUCCAUCUUAAAGGACCUAAAUUGAAAGGAGACGUGGAUGUGUCAGUGCCAAAGAUUGAAGGUGAAAUCAAAGUCCCAAAAGCUGACAUUGAAGGUCUUGAUGUUAAUCUGGAAGCACCUGAAGGUGGAUUUAAGAUGCCAAAGAUCAAAAUGCCCACGUUUGGAGGGAAAGGUUUUCAGACUGAAUUGCCAGACAUUGACAUCUCUGGUCCAAAGAUUGAAGGGGAUAUUCAAGUGCCAGAUGUUGAUAUUGCGGGGCCUGAAGGUAAAAUCAAAGGCCCGAAGUUUGGGAUUCCAGCCGUCUCUGGUCCAAAUGUCAAAAUGCCAGGAUUUAAUAUCAGGGGUCCAAAAAUAGAAGGUGAUAUUAAAGGGCCAAACAUAGACAUGAAUCCUCCAGACUUGCACAUGGAGAGCCGUGAUCUUAACAUUGAAGGACCUGAAACAAAUGUUAAGGGGCCCAAAUUCAAAAUGCCAAAGAUAUCAGGGCCUAACAUCAAAAUGCCUGAAUUUAAUCUUAACCUGAAAGGACCAAAACUAGAGGGUGACAUAAAAGGACCUGAUGUUGAUCUGGAAGCACCUGAUGUCAACAUUGAAGGUACAGAGUUUGAUAUCAAAGGUGAUGCCAAACUAAAAAUGCCUAAGAUGGUAGACCCAACGAUUGAUAUUGACAGUCCCAGUUUCAGCAUUGAAAAGCCAGAGGUACAUUUCCCCAAAUUCAAAGGGCCUAAAUUUGGAAUUAAGGUUCCUAAAAUAGAAGGACCAGAAGUGGAGCUUCCUUCGGGUAAGUUUGAUGUUAAAGCACCCAGUGCUGGCAUUGAUCUCCAAGCUCCUGAUGUCAACAUAGAAGGGCCUGAUGCAAAUAUUAAAAUGCCUAAAAUCAAGAUGCCCAAAUUCCACUUAGGCAAGAGUCCUAAAGCAGAUGCUAAACUGCCUGAAGCUGAUGUUAAUCUUGAAAGCCCUGACAUUGAUAUUAAUCUAAAAGGAAAAAAGGGCAAGUUUAAAAUGCCAAAAAUGAAAGGGAAGGUAAAAAAGCCUGAUGUCAAUAUUGAUGCUAGUGCACCUGACAUUGAUUUGGACGUUGACUCACCGGAGCUCCAUCUGAAAGGUCCCAAGGUAAAGAAACCAUUAUUUGGGAAGUUGCAUUUUCCUGAUGUUGAGUUUGACAUAAAAUCUCCAAAGGUUAAGAGUGAUAGCUCCCUCUCAGGCACUUUAAAGACCUCAGAUAUGGACCUGCCUUCAGCAAGCCUUAAAGCAGAUGUAAAAGGUUCAGAUGUUGACCUUCCAGAUGUUAAUUUGGAAGGUCCUGAUGUGAAAAUGAAAAAACCCAAAAUCAAAUUUCCCAAGGUAAAUAUUUCGGGGCCAAAACUCAAGACCCCUGAAUUUGAUUUAAAGGGUCCACAGCUAGAUGCUCCUGAUGUCGAUGCCAGCUUGGAUAUGUCAGGUAUGGACAUUGAAGGUCCAAACGUUAAGGGGAAGAUCAAGCUUGAUGGACCUGAUGCCGACUUUGAAGGACUUGGAGGAAAGUUACAGGAUCCUGGAUUUAAGAUACCUGCUGUGGAUAUUAAGGCCCCAAAGUUUUCUGCCCCUGAUUUAAGUUUGAAGGAACCUAAGAUCAAGGGAGAAACAGAUCUGUCCUUUGACUUGAAGGGACCAAAGGUUAACAUAGAAGGUCUUAAUAUUCAAGGAUCUGAAGGAAAUCUUAAGGGGUCAGGAUUGAAGAUGCCUUCCUUGGACAUUAAAGCGCCAAAAAUAUCUGUACCUGAUUUCAAUUUGAAGGGACCCAAGAUUAAAGGUGACUUGGAUGUUUCUGGGGGAAUAAAGGGUCCCACAGUUUAUGCAGAGGGUCCCAGUGUAGACCUGGAAGGACCAGAGGGUACCAUUAAAGGUCCAGGAUUGAAGAUGCCAUCACUUAACAUCAAGGCACCCAAGAUAACUGUACCAGAUAUUGACCUAAACCUUAAAGGACCCAAAGUUAAGGGAGACAUGGAUGUUUCAGGCAAAAUAAAGGGCCCCACUGCUGACCUAGAAGGACCUCACAUAGACUUUGGUAGUUCUGAUGGUAAGACUAAAGGUCCAUCAUUCAAGAUACCAUCUCUUGACAUUAAUGCUCCAAAGAUUACUCCACCAGAUAUCAGCUUGAAGGCCCCCAAGACCAAAGGUGAAGUUGACAUAACAGGGGAUUUGAAAGUUCCAUGUGUACAUAUCGAGGGGUCAGAUGUAGACAUCAAGGGGCCUGAUGGAAAGAUAAAGGGUCCCAAUUUUAAGAUGCCCUCCCUUGAUAUAAAAGCACCAAAGAUCUCUCUUCCUGAUGUUAAUCUCAAUGUUGAAGGAUCAAAGAUAAAAGGAGACAUGGACCUUUCUGGAGAUGCAAAUUUUGAGUGUCCAAAUGUUGAAAUUGAAGGAGAUGGUAGUGGAAUAAAAAUGCCCAAAAUGAAAAUGCCAAAGAUUGGGUUUAAAGGUCCUAAUGUUCAAGGCUCAGAUGUGGACAUGAACAUCCCUACAGCUAAUAUUGAUGUCAAAGUGCCAAAAGUUGAUAUUAAAGGUUCCGAGCUAGAAAUCGAAGGACCUGAUGGCAAAGUUGAGGGACCAAAAUUUAGUAUGACAUCUAUAUCUGGUCCAAAGAUUUCAUUGCCUGAUUUGGACUUCAGUGUAAAAGGCCCAAAAGUGAAGGGAGAUGUGGAUGUUGACAUUAAAGGUCCAAAAGUAGACACUGAAGGACCACAAUUAGAAGUGGAAGGACCAGAGGGUGGAAUGAAAAUGCCUCAAAUAAAGAUGCCGAAAUUUGGGUUUAAAAGUCCAAAAGUAGAUGGUCCAGAAAUUGACUUAUCAGGUCCAACCAUUGAAGGCCAAAUCAAAAGGCCACAAGGAGAAAUAAAGGGUCCUGGCAUAGAUAUGAAGACACCAGAACUAGAUUUGGAAGCACCAGAAUUAAAAGGAAAGAAAUCAAAAUUCAAGAUGCCGAAGUUUAGUUUUGGAAGCCCAAAACUGGAGGGUGCUGACAUUGAUGUCAACAUGAAAGGCCCAAAAAUCAGUGGUGGCCUUGACACUUCUGGAUGUGAGAUAUCUGGAGACUUACAAGGGCCAAGCCUGAAAGUAGAUACUCCAGAGUUGAGCCUAAAAGGACCACACAUCACAGGUGGAGGGCUGGACAUCAAAGCGGAGACAGGAGUUGACCCAGAAGUGUCAGGUGGAAUGGAAUACCCUGAGGGCAAGGUCACUUUUCCUAAGAUCAAAGUUCCCAAGUUUGGUAUCUCCAUGCCUCAAUUGGAAGGUCCUGAGAUGGGGGUAGACAUUGGAACAGGAGGUGCAGCUGGUAUCAACAUCCAAAAAUCCAAACAUCCAAACAUCAACAUCCAAAGCUCUUCGCCUAGCGGUCAUAUCAGCACCCAGGAUCUUGAUAUACACAGCCCUGAGAUAAAGACCAGUGGGGGGGUAAAAUCUAAAGUAAAGAUGCCCAAAUUCUUUGGCAAGUCAAAAAGCAAGGGAAGCAGUGCAAGUGAUCUGAGCUUUCAUGGGCCAGAGGUGGAACUAUCACAUGAAACAGGUGUGAAAAGCUCCAAAGGACUGAGUGUGAGCUCUGGAGAACUGCUUGGUGGAAAAAUCGAAGGAGGUGCAGGAUUACAUGUGUCACCUAAGAGCAAGUCUGCCUCACUAGAUCUGUUCAAGAAAUCAAGACAUCGCUCCUCCUCACUGAGUGAUGAGGGAGGUCUAGCUUCCCCCUCCUCCCCUAGUGGGCACUUACAAGCUGAGGGUGGAGAUGUCUCCCUGGAUACAGGGGGAAUUAAUGUCAAGGGAAAGAAGGGAAAGUUGAAGUUUGGCACUUUUGGUGGUUUUGGCUCCAAGUCCAAAGGCUCCUAUGAAGUGACAUUUGGUGAAGAGGGUGAAGCAAGAGUAGAGGGAAGUGGAGGUGUUUCUCUCCCAUCCAAGAAGUCUAGAAUCUCCUCAUCCUCCAGCAGCGAUAGUGGAGCUAAAGCAGGCUUCCGAUUCCCCCGUGUUGAAUUAGCCGUGUCACCAAAGAAAUAAUUCAAAGUGGCCCUUUGUGUCUGAUCCUGCUCCCCCCCUCCCCACCACCCCAAUUCCAUCCACCCAUACUUUGCUUGUGAUCUCCAUUACCAAAGUCCCAUCACUAUCACCUCUAAUGUUUUCAGCUGAGGCAAAAAAAUCAGGCUGAUUUUCAAAACUUAUCUCCAGUACAACAUUUAUGCACUGUUACAGAAAUAAUCAGACAACGUGCCUAUUGCCUUUCAGUUAUCCACCAAAUAUUUACCUUAACUAAUCACACUGGAGUAUUUCUUUUUAGUUUUGAAAGUCAACCUUUUAACUGUAAAUAGGAAAUAAUCAGUUUUGUAUUUUUGAAACCUUUUUUUGUACAUAUUUUAUUGAACAUAUGCAAUUUCACUUAUUUCUUCCCUCCCUACGCAAGGCCUUGUGUGCAAAUGUUCAAAGUAACAAAAGUUUAGUUUCAGUUUAUUUCAGUACUUAAAAAAAAAUAUUAGUCAUGCUAUUUUUGUAUCUUUGAAAUGUAAUAAAGAAAUUAGUAAGUGGUCUGUAUCACAAAAAAAGCAAUACUAUGAUUUAAAUUGUUCUUUACAAGGAUGUGUGUCUAUACACACGCAUAAAUGCAGAGCAACAUCAAUUUUUAUGUAUAAACAAAUGAUUUAUUUGCCUUUGUUUUGGAGCUUAAAUAUUGUAACCCAUGCUGAAAAAUGUAUACUUUUCAUAGUGCUCAUUUUUACAUUUUCUAUUAGAGUAACAAUGCUGGUAGUGACCAUAAUUGCAAAGAGAAUCAAUGAUGCGUUUGUACAAACUAAUGAACUACUGUUAGGACUAAGUUGCACUAGAAUACUGCCACACAUAAAACAAUGACUACAUUGCAUGGAAAACAUAGAUGAACAGAAUGGGAGAGCAAAUAACAAAUGUGGAUUUGAGAUCAACAAGGUAUAAAAACAAGACUGCAUGGCAGUGUCCUAGUGUGACAUCAGGGUGGUUCCUAUGGUCAUUUGUAUAAUAUAAUAUUUUCAUGUUUUGUCUUUUAUAAUGUGUCAUGAGGAAAUAUAGUACAUAUUCAAAAUGAAUACAGUUUUUUCAAAUGUGGAUUUGAAUAGACAGCAAAUUAUAGCUCCCAUGGUGUCAAAUGUCUACUGAGGAAUCAUAUAAUGUGAUGAAAUGCAGCCUUAGAGCUUUGUGGCCUGAAAUGCAUUGACUUAGCUGUAGUCAGCACAAGACUGAGAGCUGAUCUGCAACUACACUACUAUUCCCUCCAAACCUUCACUUGCCUUGUGGUGAAUCUCUUCCUCUCUCUCUCUCUAUCUCUCCAAGAAAGGCUGUAGUGGUUUUUGGUGGUGAGGGUGUAUGGAAGUGUUAGCUGUGAUGCUCUGUUGUAAUGCCACUUGUAUGUAGAAUGAAUUUAUUAUAUUAUACUCCCUGCAAGUCAGUGCUUUCACUUAGGGGUGAACAUAUGUAAUAUCUAAUUUCCCAGUAACAACUAAUUGAUUUCAUUUAGACAUUGGGAUGUGGAAAUGUUUUUGUUUGUCUUUUUCUUUAAAUGAUUCAGCUACAAAACAGACUACAAAUAAACUGUUCAAUUAACCUCA